GCUGCGCGAUGCAGUGUGGGGAAUGGCUGGGGUUGGCUGAAGAGCGCACAGUGGAGUUUUAAUGUCCGCCAUGUUGGCCAUGGCGUAUUGAAGAGAGCGAGUGAGCGAGGCGCGGAGCGGCACAGCCUCCCACCCUCCCGGCUGGUGUCAGGGCCCGGACGGCGGGCUUUGCGCUCCGCCCCCAAGUCCCCGGCAGCGGCAGGCGAGUGGAGACCGAAACCCCGGUUCUCCAUGAUCCCGCUGGCCGGGGCCGUUUCCCCAGAGCGGAGAGGUAUCUGCUGCGCCUGAGAUGAGUAAACUGUCGUUUCGGGCGCGGGCGCUGGACGCCUCGAAGCCGCUGCCGGUCUUCCGCUGUGAGGAUCUGCCCGACCUGCACGAAUACGCCUCGAUAAACCGGGCCGUGCCGCAGAUGCCCACCGGAAUGGAGAAGGAAGAGGAGUCGGAACACCAUCUUCAGCGGGCUAUCUCUGCACAGCAGGUGUACGGCGAGAAGCGGGAUAAUAUGGUUAUUCCAGUUCCCGAGGCAGAAAGUAACAUCGCUUACUAUGAGUCCAUAUACCCUGGGGAGUUCAAGAUGCCAAAGCAGCUCAUUCACAUACAGCCUUUUAGUCUGGACGCUGAGCAGCCUGACUAUGAUCUGGAUUCUGAAGAUGAAGUGUUUGUGAAUAAACUGAAGAAGAAAAUGGACAUCUGUCCAUUGCAGUUUGAGGAGAUGAUUGACCGUCUAGAAAAAGGCAGUGGUCAACAGCCAGUCAGUCUGCAGGAAGCCAAACUACUGCUAAAAGAAGAUGAUGAGUUAAUUAGAGAAGUUUAUGAAUACUGGAUUAAAAAGAGGAAAAACUGUCGAGGGCCAUCACUUAUCCCAUCGGUCAAACAAGAAAAGCGAGAUGGCUCCAGCACAAAUGAUCCUUACGUGGCUUUUAGAAGGCGGACUGAGAAAAUGCAAACCCGAAAAAACCGCAAAAAUGAUGAAGCCUCAUAUGAAAAGAUGCUUAAGCUGCGUCGGGAUCUGAGCCGGGCUGUGACUAUCCUGGAGAUGAUCAAGAGGAGAGAGAAGAGCAAGCGGGAGCUGCUGCACCUAACACUGGAGAUCAUGGAAAAGAGGUAUAAUUUAGGUGACUACAGUGGAGAGAUCAUGUCUGAGGUCAUGGCACAGAGGCAGCCAGUGAAGCCUGCUUACGCCAUCCCCAUCAUCCCUAUCACUAACAGCAGUCAGUUCAAACACCAGGAAGUCACGGAUGUGAAGGAGUUCAAAGGUCAUAAGCAGGAGAAAGCCGACCUUACUCGACCCAAGCGCAAAUAUGAGAAGAAGCCCAAAGUCUUACCGCCGUCGGCCGCUGCUCCUCAGCAGCCGAGCCCUGCUGCACUGCCCGUGUUCAGUGCUAAAGACUUAAACCAGUACGACUUCCCCAGCUCAGACGAAGAGCCUCUGUCCCAGGUUUUGUCUGGCUCUUCGGAAGCUGAGGAAGAGAAUGACCCUGACGGCCCUUUUGCUUUCCGUAGGAAAGCAGCCUGUCAGUACUAUGCUCCUCAUUUAGACCAAACUGGCAAUUGGCCCUGGACUAGCCCUAAAGAUGGAGGAUUGGGGGAUGUUCGCUAUAGAUACUGCUUAACAACUCUCACCGUACCCCAGAGGUGUCUUGGAUUUGCACGAAGACGGGUUGGGCGUGGUGGAAGGGUCCUGCUGGACAGAGCGCAUUCAGACUAUGACAGUAUGUUUCACCACCUGGAUUUGGACAUGCUUUCCUCACCACAACCUUCUCCAGUCAAUCAGUUUGCCAAUACCUCAGAAACCAAUACCUCGGACAGAUCUUCCUCUAAAGACCUCAGUCAGAUACUAGUCGAUAUCAAAUCAUGUAGAUGGCGGCACUUUAGGCCUCGGACAUCAUCCCUACAUGACAGUGACAGCGAUGAACUCUCCAGUAGAAAAUUACAUAGGAGUAUAAAUCGGACAGGAACAGCACAGCCUGGGACCCACACAUGCAGUACCUCCACGCAGAGUAAAAGUAGCAGUGGCUCCGCACACUGUGGCCUGUUAGAAUCAGAAGUUGCUGACUCGAGGAUAUGUUUUAAAACAGCAUUUACAGCCGAACAAUACCAGCAACACCAGCAGCAACUGGCGCUCAUGCAGCAGCAGCAGCUUGCGCAAACUCAGCAACAGCAAGCAAAUAGUAAUUCCUCCGCCGCCGCCGCGCCACAGGGUUUUGUCUCUAAGACUCUGGAUUCUGCUAGUGCGCAAUUUGCUGCUUCUGCUUUGAUGACGUCAGAACAGCUGAUGGGAUUCAAGAUGAAGGAUGAUGUGGUGCUUGGGAUUGGGGUGAAUGGCGUCCUUCCAGCCUCAGGAGUGUACAAGGGCUUACACCUCAGUAGCACUACACCAACAGCGCUUGUACAUACGAGUCCGUCGACAGCAGGUUCAACUUUGUUACAGCCUUCAAAUAUUACACAGACUUCCGGCUCCCACAGUGCGCUGAGUCAUCAAGUAACUGCUGCCAAUUCUGCGACAACUCAGGUUCUGUUUGGGAACAACAUUCGAUUAACUGUCCCUUCAUCGGUCCCCACUGUAAACUCUAUCGCCCCAAUAAACGCACGACAUAUACCUAGGACUUUAAGUGCUGUUCCGUCAUCUGCCUUAAAGCUGGCUGCCGCGGCAAACUGUCAAGUUUCCAAGGUCCCCUCCUCAUCCUCUGUAGAUUCCGUUCCAAGGGAAAAUCAUGACUCGGAAAAGCCAGCACUGAACAGUAUAGCCGACAACACGGUAGCGAUGGAGGUGACGUAGCUUCUUCCUGGGAACAGGACUGCAGCCUGGGGACACGAUCAGGUGCUAUGCAUCAGAGGCGUUGGAACGCAGGGGAGGAUGGAAUGCACACAUGCGUUUCCAUGGCAGCUGUGGGGACUCGGCAGCACUGCGCAUCUCUCAUGCUUCAACUUUUCUUUUCUUACUGUUAAUAGGAAAAAAAAUCAACAUCUGUAAAUUAAGAAUACAGCAAUUAUCUGUAUAGUACUGCAUAUUUGUAAUACCCUUGUAUAUAUGUUACUUGAAUACAGAAAUGUUCAUUUGUGAUGCUUUGCACUUGGGGGCGGGGGGGUGGGGAAUAAACUGCAACCAGAGUGUGAGCUGUGAGCUGUGUAGCUGGUGUCAUCACAUCAUGUGCAUGGUGCGGAACCUGCUGUCUAUUUAUUGUGCCGUGUUUACAGGUUUUGUACACUGUACCCUCAUUGGUUCCUGUGCUGUAGUAAGUGUGUUAGGUAGCUGUGGACUCCUUGGUAUUUUGUAAAUGGUAUAACAUAACUUGGUUCCCUCUGGGUCCUUGAGUUUUCUGUGUAUCAUGUGAAAAAAAAAAAAUGGUGACAUACAUACAGAAUUUUACAAAAAAAAAAAAAAAGGCACCAGUUUUUUUUAAAAUGGGGAAUGUACUGUUCAAUGGGGAUCUUCUGGUCUUCUACCAUUAGGACGCGCAACAAGCUAAAAAUGAAGUCUCUUGACCCUCCCGUCCCCGCCCACCCGCCCGCCCGCCUGCAAGCUUGGGCGCCCGGUACUUAAAGCACUAAUGUUACGUUGCUGCUCUGCAAACAGUCCAGUCGUCCCAUUUCCUCCCACCAAAAGUGUUAAAUCAAGUACGCAAACGGAGUCCUUACAACUGGAGUUUAUGUUGUCUUGCCCUUUUUUUAGCACAAAAAGAUGUACUUUUUUAUUGUGGAAUCGUUUAAAGACUUCAUUCUUUACUUGUUCUUACAGAAAGGAUAUAGGGGAGAAGAAUGCAGUAAUUGCUGUCCGUGUAUCGUCAUUCCAGUGUGUAAAACAGCCAGCCAGCUUUUUCCUUUUAAGAUUCUCCAGAAGGCUGCGAGGCCAGAGCCACAAAUAUCGGGUGCCUUCCUUUGGAAAUAUUUGACCUCUCUUCUGUGAAGAGAACGGUACUUACCAGACUACUACUAGUGCUUUGUCAGUACCGGAGUCUGAAUGCCCAGUCCAAUGGCAUACGUUAUCCUUAAGGUUUUUAAUCCCACCUGGAAACAUUGUGAUAGAAUUCUCACAAAAUAAACCCAGGGCAUUACAUGUUGACAAACUAA